UAUGAUUCCUCUCUGGACAGAAGCUGUUCCUUAUGUUGGAUUGUCUAUGCCACCCUUCUCUGCCUUAUUCUGUUCUGCUAUCUGCUUAUGAGAGUGAGCACUCUAGAGCUGCACCCUAUGUUUAAGAUAAGUCUAUAAGGAAUUCAUAUCAUGACAUUAAGCUUUCUUUUUUACUCCUUUAAUUCCAUGUCAGUUUCUAACUUUUUUUUUCCCCUGUUUGGAUUACUGCUGAGCACUGACUGCGAGUGCUUGCUCUUUUCUGUUGUUGAAUAACACUGAACAACCUUCUGAAAUUACCCUGAAAGCUACAGUCUUUCUUGAGUAAUGGAUCCAAGAUACUUUGAAGCCCAUCAUGGAUUUUAAUUUAAUUUUGCAGGUAGUUUCUCUGAGUGGUGUGUUUCUGUAAAGGCUCUCACAUGUCACUGACAACAGCGCUUGAUGUGUGGUUUCAGCCUUUUGUGUGGAGGAUUAAAAAAGUGUAAAUGUCAAGAUGGAGUUCAGCUUCGCUUUAACUUGCAUGAGGAAGUUCUCAAAGAAAAAAGGCAGGUCUGAGACAUAUGACCAUCACAUUUUGGGCCUUUAACCAAAGCUAUUCUGGAGUAAACUGCUUCUGAUUCACUGUGUGUGACCUUACUCUGGGACUGGAAUAUCGUAUCUUCUUCCAAAUGCCAGAUUCCAGACCUAUUUGUACAAUGUUGUUUGUGUCCAAAGGUGGGACAUGAUUUUUUUUUCUUUUCUGUGCUAUUUACCAGCUUGAGAAAAUGCUGGCAUAGCUUAAAACAUGACUUGGAUGUCUUACCUUAGCAUGUUUUUUGUAACUUGGUGAGACAGUGGUUAGAAGAUGAAUUUUGAAACUAUUUUGUUCCUGCUUCCAGACUUCCUUUUUCCUCUCUGUCCUCAAAUCUACAUGGUCUAGUAGAAAUUAUUGUGAAGCUUAAGAUAAGAACUUGAAAGCAUGGGAAAGAUACUCUGCCAAACUAAUCUGAAGAGUCCACAGGAUAUUCAGGUUUAUAUCAUAAAUACAAAUUUCACUCUAAGGUGGAACUACACUGGGAAUGAUACCAAUGUGACCUUUUCUGCAGAAUAUCAGUGGUUUGAAGAUUUUGAGACAAAUGGAACAGAAUGGAAGGAGUUGCCUGGGUGUCAAAAUGUUACUAGCAGGGAAUGUGACAUUUCCUCUGCAAUAACCAAAUACUACGAUGCAUAUCAUGUGCGUAUAAGGGCCAGAGGAAGGGAAGAAGUGUCUCCUUGGUCUAGCAUUUUUGAAAUGAUUCCAUAUCUUAAAGCUCAGAUUGGUCCUCCAGAAAUAAAGUUGCAGUCCAUAAAUGGAGCCAUAAAAAUCAAGGUUUCUCCUCCAGAAGCAAAUCAGAUCAGAAAAAUGUGGACAGAUCAUCUAAGCUUUAAAUAUAAUCUAGUUAUCUGGGAAAACUCAUCAAAUGCAGAGUUUAGAAGUCAAAGUAUUUUUCCUACUGACAUAAUUGAUGAUCUUGCACCAGAAACUACCUAUUGUCUGAAAGUACAAGCAACUCUUUCUUUGGAACAGAAAGAAGGCUUAUUCAGUCCCAUUCGUUGUGUAAAAACUACUCGUAAAGUGAAUGACUUGCACUGUGCAACAAAUGUGACCGUUCUUGGCUUGAACAUGAAGUUUUAUCUGCACUGGACUAAUCAAUAUAAACAGCCUGUGAGGUACAACGUACAGUAUCUCACUGGGUAUCUAAAGAAACUUCAUGAUGACUACUCAUCAAAGUGGCUCAAUGUUCCUGGAUGUGGAAACAUCACCAAUACACAAUGCAAUCUCUCUUCUAUCAUCACUGCCAAUUCUGGAUUUUAUUACUUCCAUGUGCAAGCUGUGAAUGAACACAAUAAAUCAUGUCUGUCUAAGGAAGUAAAAGUCGAUCCUCUGAUAACAAAUGAAAUUGGCCCUCCUGAUGUGAAGGUGGACAUCAGUGAUGUUUUUCUCCAUAUCCAGAUUUCUCCUCCAGGAGGAACUGAAAGUGAAGUCAUGAGAGACCGUUACGGCUUGUCUUACCGGGUUCUGUAUUGGAAGAAUUCAUCCAAUAAUGAGGAAGAAAUUAAAAUGAAAGAGCUAAAACAGACAAUAGGGACAGUCUCUGAUCUAACACCUGCGACUUUGUACUGUGUAAAAGUACAAGCCUUCUCAAAAUUUUACAACAAGAGCAGUCCUUACAGCAAAGAGGAAUGCAUCAGAACACCGGAAGGUAAAACUUUACCUCUGGUCAUUUUAACAACAUUUUUCGUUGCUUUGAUUAUUUUCUGUCUUGUGGCGACAGCGACUUUUUUUGCCCUGUAUCAAGCCUACAAGAAAAUCAAAUAUGUGUUCUUUCCAUCAUGCCAGCCUCCUCUGAACAUAGAGAGUUUUGAACAACAGGUCUUUAGCAGCCUUUACAUGCCAGCUACAGAAGAACAAAUAGAAAAUUGUUCAGUAAUUGAGCCUAUCAUCACAGAAGCAAAUCAAAUUGAUUUUAAAGACUGCAAACGUUCCAAACAGAGCAGCCGAGAUUCAGGAAAUUAUUCCUAUGAUGAUGAUACUUCAGGGAACAAAGCAUCAGAAGAAACACUAGAAAAGGACAUGGUGUAACUUUUCAGAAAGUAGAGCUCCUGUGAGGGACUGGCAGUGUAAUAAGCACUUCAUUUUUCUUAUUAUUUUAAUAAUAAGUCCGAGCCUAAGGAAGACAGUGUGACUUUGGGACCUCCACUGCCUUUUAUGAUAGAAAGAAUAUCAUCUGCAUAAACAGGAGCAGGUCUUCAGACUUUAUAUAAUGUACUUAAACCUGCUAACCUUGGCAAAAGCCUAGUCUGUCCCACAAGAAGACUGUUUCAUUAUCUGAGAGGUUUGUUUUGAAUGCCUGCGUGUACUGUCACAGAAGCCUUAAAUGCCAGUAUUGACUCUUACAAUGUUUACACAGGCAGAAGGCAGCACGCUACAGGUUUGCACUGCAUUUAGGAUAAAAAACCCAAAAAAUAUCCAAGCCAGAUGUUCAUUGUGAGAAGAAACUAAAGAAUACUGUUACUUUCAAUGGCAAGGCAUGUUAAAAUACAUAUUCUUGAUUUAAUUUUUAUUCCAUUUGGCUACAUAACCAGAAGUGUAAAAUAUUUCCUUCUGACUGAAUCUUAUUUAGAAAUGUCAAUCCCUUAACAAGGAGGAAACUUAUUUCUGUAAUUAGAAAGACCCAUGCUGAGUCUAGAAAAUCCUUUUGUAACAAAACGUGAAGGUGCCUGUCAGUCAAAGCUUUUCCCACUUAGUCUCAUUUUGCCAACAGACUUCUCUUCAUACAAACUACAAGGAUAUGCUGCAAUAAUGAUUCAAUAUUUGUGCCACUUCCUUCUCAUGAAGUAAAUCUUAGGAGUUUAUUUUUUAUGGAGAAAGUUAUCUAGAGUGAACUGGUUUUGAGCUUCAUGCAGGAUGUUGUUUGUGACAAGCAACCAUUUGUGUUACCUUUUUUUUAAUUUUGAAGAUGUGAUCUAAUUUUAUAAUUUUUUAUUUCUUUAUGUUCAUAGAAGAACAUAAAUAAAUUUUGCACAUUUACUACUUCA